AUGAUUGUUACAGGGUGGUGGUGGGCAGGCGCAUGUGUGGGCGGCGCCGUGCUACUGUGCGCCGCGGGUGCGCUGGCCCGCCCGCACUUGCGUCGCCGUACCGCCGCAGCCGCCGCUGCCAACCCUGUGUGCUAUUCAUCAUUUGAUAUUAACAAUGUUCGUUACGUACGACUCUCGAGUACUGCUCAAUCAUUGAGCAAUGCCAACCGUCUCGUCUCACGAGCCGACAAACGCGUCAUCGCUUACUAUUACAAUUAUAGGUGCGCAUACAUAAACGAGGCGGUGGCAGCAAUCGAGUCCCGUAUACAUGUGUGUCCGCUUUAUGUACACAUGUGCCGAGCCACUAUCACUGGCGCGACCCACACACGCACGGCCGGUAUAGCGCGGCGUGCCUUCGAUGCGCACACGAAUGCAACUAGACAGAUCGUGCGCGUGUGUGCGGCGACAUCGGGGCAGCCGGUGCACCGUCACCCGCACGUCCUCCCCGCUACGCGACUGCGAACACCGCGACGCGGCGCGGCGCGGCCGCGUCCGCGUCAU